AUGUCAAGAUCACAGGCUCAAGUCCUCCUCACUCUGAUCUCUGUCGCUCUGCUGUUGCUAAGAGGAUUGGGAACAGCCAGAGGGGAGGGUCUGCCAGACAUCUUACAGGAGAGGGACCCCAAGGGGAAAGAGGAUCUGUCCAGGGUGAUGGUGCUGAAACUGGUCUCGGAGCUGCUGCGGGCCGAGCACAAGGCGCUGCCUAGCCCCGGGAGGAGGGAGACGGCUCUGGGUGAGCUCUUUCGCCGGUGGAGCUCCCCGCGGGACCGCAAAGCCGGCUGCAAGAACUUCUUCUGGAAAACCUUCACCUCCUGUUAA